AUGUACUUCCCGUUCCCACCUACACCAGGAAGAGGUCGUUCGCGAUAUUCGAAGCCUCUCCCUACCCGACCGUCAGCAUCCCCAGCAUCCCCAACUCCAAGGCCCUCGGCAGCUCCGGCAUUAGCACCAAAUUCUAUGAAGACGAUCCUUCCUGCUUUGCCCAAAGAAGUUCCGAAGAAAUCGAUGGCCAUUCCUCGAAAACCUGUAGGCGCCAAAGUAAAGUUGCCCGUCAGGACGGAUUCGCUGGCCAGCGUGUCGUCGGUCUGCUCUGGUUCCGCCGAUGGGUCUUCCGAGAGCGUCUCGGACAUCAGCACAAAUACCAAAGAUUCGCUGAGCGGGAUUGACUCAGAAGUCGGACUCGGGCCAACAUCUUCUCUGCCGCCAGCGGACAAAGACGGCCUGAUUCAGGAAGCCUAUGAGGAAUCUCGACCCGCCAAAAGAUCCGCAUCGAAUUCCAUCUCGAGCUUGAAUUCCCAGAAGAAAGAGGCACUCUGGCGCCGACGAUCUUUAAGGAAGAGUGACGGAAGUAUCAUUAUCGUAUUUGAGGAUUUGAAGUUGACCAAAUCCAACGGGUCGACGACGGCCAGCCCACCGAGACGGCAAGAGCAAGCGGGCAAGAGCCAAAUUCCAAUUCCUCCAAGUAUAACAACAAACCGGAAACUGGCUCCCUUUCUCGCGAACCGUCCGGCGCCACCCCAACCAGACUUGAUGGGCAGCAAGGUCUCCAGGCUGAGGAAGAAGGGUUCCGUGGAGGGAAAUAUCGGAUCCAAGGAUGGAGGGCUUCAAGGGCCGGAUCGGAAACCUCCUCCCCAACAGUAUCCCGCCGGUCCUGGUGCUGGUCCUCGUCUUUCAAUGCAAAACUACGCCAGGAAGGGCAAGCCGCGGCUGUCAACGCCGAGUGCUCCAUCGCCUGUUUCGCCGUUCACCCCUCCUGGCGACAGACCGCCUGUCCUACCGUCAAUAUCGGAGUCUCAAAGUCAGGACUCAAGUCAAUACAGCAGUAGCGAAGCUACCAUCGUCGCUCCAAACAUUGCACCUAUAGCCUCGAUGGCGCUGCUGAGCAAAGAGAACCUUAACCCGUCAUACGGCCACUCUCCAGAUAUCAGCGAGGCUCUCACCAUCGACUCCCAACCCACCGCUCGCUCCCCGAAGUUGCAGAAACCGCAAGCCACUCGACGGAUUCUGUCGCCCGACCCGCCACCAACCUCUCCUCCCCUGAGCAUCACCUCUCCCCGCCAAAGCAUGACCUCCCCCCUCGGACGCGCCCAAUUCUUCCCUACCAUCCAGUCCCCUGCGUCACCCAGCUUCAUAUUCCCCGGGCCGCCGCUGGACCUGGUGCAUUUCGAUUGCUAUCAUUCACACAGGCUCAUGCGUAGGACAACCAACGGCAAAUGCCCGGUCGCCUGCAUGAUCUGCCAAGGGAAAGAUACGAGAGACCGAUGGAGGUGCAUGUGGUGCAACCUCGGUGCUUGCGGAUCCUGCAUGCAGGUAUUAAGCCAGAUACCUGGGAGGGAUCUGCGUGUAUGCUUGGAGCAGUUGGAAAAUCGCAUGUAUAAGUGA